AUGGAUCCGAUAGAAGCUGGUGAUUGGAUAGCUGGUCGUCCUCUUCAACUUGUAUUCCUCUCCGGGCUGGACCCGGCUAACAAACCGCAUCACAACGCCGUCGUCGGUGUCUUCCGAAACCGAACUACCGAAAAGCCACCACUUCAAAUUCGUGUCGUUUCGGGGGAGUUGGAUAUUCCUCCGAAGCGAGAAGAAAAAGGGUUCGAUAAAGGGAUUCUUCGACGUGAAUGGCCACUGAAGUAUCUGGAUAAAGUGCCGGCUCUCAUCGUAGUUUUUAUCGAUUUGGAAUGGAAUCACCCGUCGUGGGACGAGAAAAAGACUGAAGCUGAGAGUAAAGUGGCCAGUAUUCGGGCUUCGUUGAGACAUGGAACAAAAGUGGCACUUGUUUUGAUUCAACAAAAAUCCACAUCAGUCAGUGACAAUUUGGCAGCCGACAGAGCCCAUGAACUAUGCCAAGCGUGUGCUCUUUCUUCCAAACAAUUAUUCAUACUUCCCGCUGAUAAUCUUCUCGCCACCCAACCGAAUACCAACCUUCAAAGCUUCGUUCUGAAAUUGGAAUCAGCUUUUCAUGAAUUGUGUCAAGCAUUCUAUCAGCAACGUCUCAAAACUAUUCGUUCGAGAAGUAUUCCGAAUAACUCGCCGGCUCUCGUCGUCCGGCAACAAUUCAAAUUGGCAUUCAUGUCCGAGUUGAGACAGGAUACACACACGGCUCUCAGAAAUUAUCGAUUGGCUUAUGAUCAGUGUAAAGAUACUGUUGAACAGUGGGAUGGGAUUGAUGUGUUCGAAUGGAGGAGUGUUGUGGGAUUGCUGAAUUAUAAAAUCUGUGAACUCUACUUCCUUCACAGUACCGCCCUCGAAGCGAUCAAUCAAAUGCGUCGACACACCUCAGUCUUCUUCUUAUCAGCACCUGGCAUCUAUCCAACUCCACAUCUCGCCUCUAUUGAACUUCUUCUCUGGAAAUCUAAACAAUGCUAUCAAUUCGCUCAACUCUUCGAACGAUCCGUUGCCAGCGGUCUUUCUGCACUUGCCACUUUGAAUCCGGGUACACAUUUAGAUCAGGCUGCGAGUAUCUAUGCAACGGCGAACACGGAAAUUGCUGCGUUGAAAAGAAAUGCACCUCAAAACGUCCCCUACCCAAACCCCGACCCUCUGGCCAACGCAUCGAGUACCAUCUUCUUUGGUCAACGGCCCUGGAGGAUUCAGCAGGACGGACUGGCGAGUGCUGAAAUCGAAGCAGCCGCGGUGAACGCCAUCACCCAACGGCUGGUGGUUAAUCAUGAGGGAGUCAUAUCCCUAUUGUCUGCCGCAUUGGCACAAUACCAGAAGUAUGGUUGCAUGAGAAUGAAGAAAAAAGUUAUGAUGGAGAUGGCGAACACUUGCUAUGCCAACAACGAAAUACAGCGAGCGCUCCGCUUCUGGGGAAUGGUGAUCAAAGACGGCGCCCUGCCGUUCACUAUUCGCAAAGACAUGAUGCAUCGAGCCACGUGGGCCGCCUACGCAAUCGCAAGUGUUCAAGACUUCGCAGUGUGCUGUAUGCAACUGAUGUGCCCAGCAUACUCUGAAGUGUUGCCGUCGGAUUGCGUCUCUGGAUUAAUGAGCAUGUUGGAAGGACGAGCACCCGGAUCACCGUUUCCCAAUGAUGAUGUGUCGAAAGAACAGCUGCAAGCCUAUCAAACACAAUGGCAACAAGUGAUCCAAGAGCGACCAACAUUUAUUGUGCAUGCUUCGAAAAUUGCAGAGUUGUUCUUGGAGACACGUGUCAGUUUCCUGGAUGAGCAAACAGUUGAGCAGGGAACGAAGGUGGCUGUGAGGAUCGAGCUGUUGUCAAAGAUUGACCAAAAUAUGAGAUUGAAUAAUGUGACUGUCUAUCUCAAAUCCAAAAAAUUCCCGCCAGAGCCGAAUCAAACACCUGCCACUGAAACCGCCGACUCUCUGUUAUAUGAUCCGAUUUCAUUGGGAAAUGUUGAAAUCAGUAGUGAUCAUCCGAUGAAACGUGUUAUCAUGCUGGAUUUGAAGGAAGCGAAACAGAAUUGGAUUGUGACUGUUACAAAAGUGGUGUUGGAUGUUGGAAGUGUGAUUUGUGGACAAAUUGAGUUCGAUGAAAAUGCGUUGAAUCGUAAUUGCCACGUGGAGAAUAUUGUUGGAUUGGAGUUCUUGAAGAUUGGCGGAGAGAAGACAACUAUAACGUUGGAGAACAAUGUGAAUGUUAACUGUCUAAUCGGAGAAGUUACAAGCACUGAGUUGACUCUUCGUAACACUUCUAAACAUACCUUCCAAAAUCUUCAAUUAGACUUCAAAAGACAAGAUCAAAAGCAUACCGAAGCCGCCGCGGUUUUGUUUGUGGAGAAAGAAGGAAAUGAGUUGAAGUCUGAGUUCUCGAUGAAGAUAUGCGAUCAACUUGGUUCUGGGGAAAUGAUCACAAUUCCACUGAUGUUUUCUGCUCAACUCAUUGGCGACUACGUACUUCAACUGGAACUGAACUACAAGGAUAAUCAACACGUGGCGAAGUCGACGAUUCUGGAAGUAGGAGUUGUUGCAAAUGAACCAUUCUCGGUCACUAGUAAUGUGAUGAAUAUGAAUGGAAUCCCGAUGUCAUCCAUCUUGAACAACUGUGAACAUGUUCUGAAUGUCAGCAUCGAAUCGGCUGCGCCAAUUAUUAUAAAUUCGAUCGAAUUUCUGAUGGCUGAUGUGGUGACACUCUGUGACACGGCUUGUGGAGGAUCAGGAAAGAACUUGAAUGAUGCAGUGAAUGCCGAAGAAACCAUUUGCUACUCGGCAGUUAUUAAAGUUCUGGUGAAGGAGGAUGAAUCGGAGACACCAUUGGGAAGGAUGUCGGUGGAGUGGAGGAGGGCAUCUCCCAACUCUUGCCCAGUGCGAUCAGUGGUGCCACUCUGCCGAAUCCCGGUGUUCCCGUGCCCCAUCUCGAUCGCUUCAUGCAUCAAAUCAAACCCAGCAGUUGUCCGACAACCGAUCGACAUCUGCUUCGAACUGACUAACCAUUCCAAAGAGGUCAUCGAGAUAUCAACCAACUUCGACCUCAACGAUGUCUUCAUGUUCAGUGGAGAAAGAAAGAUAACACUGACAGUACUUCCUGGAGCGACUCGACGAGUGACCGUUGUCGUGAUGGCGUUGAGUGCCGGACGUCUUAAUUUCCCAAAGAUUUCACUGAAAUCUGCACAAGUUACGGAUCAAAUUCUUCAACAAUCAUUGCGAACCCUGCCAGCGACCAUCUUCGUUUUGGUUAGUUCAACUAAUCCUAGUUCCCCAUCUUUCCAGAAACUUCCUCAUUCUAAUGGUCAAAUGUCAAACAAGUUAGCUCUCAUGACACUCUGA